UCUUUGAAUCAGUAGCUCUGGCCUGUCAACAGGUGGCGGAGGCAGAGAUUUGGUGAGUGACGUUCAGACCUUUAGAGAAAAGAGACAGAAGAUAAAGGGGGAAGAAACUUGACAAAUCCUAUACGGCUAUGAGCACUGGACUCCUGUGGAGGGCCCUGUGCCUGCUGACCACACUUUGCACUGUGUCACACCAUGUGCGCUGCAUAGAAAACCAGACAGAUCCCUCCGGCACAGAACAGGGGCUCACCUUCAGCCACGUCUAUAAGAUUGACAUCCCGGGAAGCUCUAGUUGCACCGUAGAACGUCUGCCAGCCCGCGAGACAGGUCUGCAACAAGAUACCGCAAUCAAUGGAGAGAAUGAUAUAGUCUUUAAACACAACAUUAAGCUGCAGACACCCAAGUGUAAUUGUGAGGAGUCAGAAAGCUUCAAGGACCUGCUGUACAGAAUCAAUGGACUGGAAGAAGAAGUCACCUACCUAAAGACCCAGUGCACUCAGGGAUGCUGUGGAAGAGGAGGUGCUGCAGGUGUAGACACGAGCUGCAGUGGUCAUGGGUCCUACCAGGACGACACCUGCAGCUGCCUCUGUAACCCAGGAUGGGAAGGCCCCGAUUGCUCACUGUCCUCCUGCCCUGAUGAGUGCAGUGACAAUGGCCGAUGCGUAGAUGGAAAAUGUGUGUGUUAUGAGGGCUACACAGGAGAAGACUGCAGCCAGCAAACAUGUCCAGGAGACUGCAAUGAUAAGGGGCAGUGUGUGGAUGGAAAAUGUGUGUGUUAUGAGGGCUACACAGGAGAAGACUGCAGCCAGCAAACAUGUCCAGGAGACUGCAAUGACAAGGGGCAGUGUGUGGAUGGAAAAUGUGUGUGUUUUGAGGGCUACACAGGAGAAGACUGCAGCCAGCAAACAUGUCCAGGAGACUGCAAUGACAAGGGGCAGUGUGUGGAUGGAAAAUGUGUGUGUUUCCCUCAUUUUACUGGGGAGGACUGCAGUAUCCCGAAGUGUCCUAAUGACUGUCAAAAUGGACAAUGUGUGGAUGGCCAAUGCAUCUGCGAAGAAGGCUUCUAUGGAGUGGACUGCUCUUUAGUCCUCGCACCUCAGGGUCUGCGGUUGGUCGAAGUGACAGAUGUCACUCUCCUGGUGGAGUGGGACUCUGUUCAAGGGGCAGAGUAUUAUGUGUUAACUUAUCAUCCCAAAUUUGAUGAGGGUGCCAUGAAGCAGGCUCAGAUUCCAAACUCGGAGAAUUCCUACUUCAUUACGGGACUCACUCCAGGUGUUACCUACAUUGUCCAGGUCCGUGCCGUCAUCAAAAAUAUUCAGAGUGAAGCAGAUAUGAUUGAAGCUACCACAGAUGUCUCAACCAUUGAUGAUAUCCAAGUCACUGGCCAGACAGAGGAUUCCAUCCAAGUGGACUGGAAGAACCCACAGGCAGAAGUGGAUUAUUUCAGACUGAAGCACACUGACCCAUCAGGACAGGAGGAAGAGUUGAAUGUUCAGAUGAGUCAAGAGGCACGCACAAAACACACUAUUGUAGGUUUGUAUCCAGGAACAGAGUACAAAAUCUCUGUGCAGUCCAUCAAAGGAAACACCGAAGGAAAAGCUUCUUUUACCACCGGUGUCACAGACAUCGAUGCACCAACAAACCUAGUAACUACUGAAGUAACUGAAGACACUGCAACCGUCUCCUGGGAUAAAGUCCAGGCGGAAAUCGAAGGCUACAUGCUGCGCUACACAUCUUCCGAAAGCUCCAGCUCAGACAUCUUUGUAGGGCGUGACAGCACCUCAUACAGGCUGGUUGGUUUGAGGCCUGGUGUCCUUCACACAGUCUACAUCUGGGCCUUCAGGGGAGACAAAGUCAGUGGAAAGAGUUCAACAGAAGCUGAAACAGAACUGGACGCUCCAGUUAACCUAAUAGCCAGAGAUGAAACUGAGUCCAGCAUUAGCCUUUCCUGGGAUCCAGUCCAGGCAGAAAUUGAUGGCUACAUCCUAACGUACACCUCUCUGGAAGGAUCUAGUAAAGAAAUCGCUUUGGGGCCUAAAAGCACCUCUUAUUUGCUGACUGGUUUACAGCCCGCAGUCCUCCACACUGUAGACAUCAAAGCUGUGAGGGGAGACAAAACCAGCAGGACAAUCUCAACAAAAGCUGAAACAGAACUGGAUGCUCCUGCAAACCUGUUAGCUCGAGAUGAAACGGAGUCCAGCUUCACUGUGUCAUGGGAGCCUGUCCAGGCCGACGUUGAUGGCUACAUGUUAACCUAUAGUUCCUCUGAGAGCUUUGAAGAGGAAAUCCCCAUUAGGUCUUCGGCGACCUCUCACAUGCUGACAAAGCUAAGGCCUGGAGUUCUCUACACUGUCUACGUCUGGGCCGUCAAGGGCGACAAAGUGACCCGGAAGAUUUCAACAGUAGCUGAGACAGAAAUCGACUCCCCCAAGGACCUAAAGGCUUCAGACGUGACACUGGAUUCAGCUUCUUUGACUUGGGUUCCUCCUCUGGCUGACAUUGAAGGUUAUAUACUCACCUAUAGAGACGAAGACGGAAACUUGCAGGCUGUUGAAAGGAGGCUUGAAGCCAGCAAGACAAGCUUUGCUGCAUCCAACCUGGAGAUUGGAAAGAAGUACAUUGUCACCAUUAUUGCCUUUAGGGGCAGCAAGAGGAGUAAAGUUGUGGAGACCACCUUCAAAACAGUUGGUGCCCAGCAUCCCUUCCCUAUGGACUGUGAACAAGUAAUGAAGAACGGCAACAAAAACAACGGCCUCUAUACCGUCUACAUUAACAAUGAUCGAUCCAAGCCAAUAGAGGUUUACUGUGACAUGACCACUGAUGGAGGCGGCUGGCUGGUAUUACAGCGCCGUAACACCGGUCAGCUGGACUUCAUGAAACGUUGGAGGCAGUAUAUAGCAGGCUUUGGCAACUUGACAGAGGAGUUCUGGCUUGGUUUGGAUAAGAUAUAUGCGAUAACCAACACUCCCACGCAGUAUGAGCUUAGGUUUGACUUGGGCCUGGGCUCGGAGAGGGCCUACGCUGUAUAUGACAGCUUCAAGAUUGCUCCGAUCAGACAGAAGUUCAAGCUCGCCAUUGGCAAAUACAGAGGGACAGCAGGUGAUGCUAUGACCUACCACCAAGGCCGGCCGUGGACCACCAUUGAUUCAGAUAAUGACAUUGCCUUGACUAACUGCGCCAUGACCCACAGCGGAGCAUGGUGGUACAAAAACUGUCACUUGGCCAACCUCAACGGUAAAUGGGGUGACAACAGGCACAGUCUGGGAGUCAACUGGGAGCCGUGGAAGGGCCACCUAACAUCCCUCGACUUCACCGAGAUGAAGAUCCGACCUGUGGGAGUGGUGUCCAGCAGAAAAAAGCGAUCUCUGAUGGCCAGGGAGAGAAAGAGCAGAGCUUCAAAUGGCCACAAGAAAUAGGAGAAUGGCCGCAGAAGCGGUCUGCGCCAUCAACCUUUUGAUCACACUAGAUUUAGGUUUUUCUGUACAUAUGUUGAUAUAGACCUGACCACACAAGGAUUUUGCAGACAUGUUUGCCUUGACUUUUGUAUAAUUUUUUCGAAAACAAGAAAAUAUCUAAAGCAACUAGAUAUGAUCCAUAGUAACUUAUUAUCUCUUUGUAAGCAAAUCAGAAAUCCAAGGUUUGGUGUGAUUGUGGAAAAAUGGUCAACAAAUAACUUCCAUGAAAUUGUGGGGUUGAACAGCAUCGCAUUACUUAUAUAUAUAUAAAAAUACCAUGUAACUUUAGAAUAUCAUGUUUUACUGUCUUUUUAGACAACUUGAGUAUUAACAGAAAAAGACGAUGCCACAUAAAGAUUUUUUUCUCUUAUUAUUGUAUUAAUCCUAACCCUCUUUUAAAGUUAUAGCAGCAACCAAGUUUACCUGUGGCUGAAUUUUCUCUAGCCUUAACAAAAAGGCAACACCAUGACUUGUGUGUUUAAUAAUUGGAUCGUUUGUUGGCUGUUGAAACAUGUGUCCUUACUCUAUUGAUUAUGCUGCCACUGUGCAUCUAACACUGUCACAUCACAUAAGCUGGUAUGACAGCAGCCAGAAAAUAACAACUGAUUGCAGCCUCGAAUAGCCAAAUUGCUCCUGCUUUACAUUCAUAUGAUGGGGGACAGCUCAUAUCAAUCAAUGUGACGUGUCCGCAUCAAAUGUCAAUAACAAUGACAUUUAUUUGUGCCGCUCUCGAGGACCGGGCGAACAAACUCCCGUUUUUAAUCUGGAAAGUUGACAGAAGCUAUUAAUGUUGCCCUGGCUUCUACUUUGCUUAAUUAGAUUUUCUUAACACUUUUAUCUCAAGCACAGCUUAUGUGACAAGGACACAGAGCACAUAAAUCAACCUUUCGGCAUAUUUGCCAGAAUGCAUUUGCAGUUGCUGGACUUUAUACAUUUCUUUGCGGUUAAUUAGAGUCUUUGAAAAUUUUCAGAUCAGAACCUGAAUAUAAAUAUUUUCCUUACUAAUUAUAUUGUUACGCUGACAUUAUAAUUUCUUUUUCACUGUAGUGUCACCGUUCACACAAAUAAAUCUUUUUUUAAAAUAUGA